UCUGACGCUUCGCUGCGGUGGUUCCCGGGCGGAGCUCUCAGUCAGCGAUAAAGAGCGAAGGUUCGGCUCUGUGCUCCCCUCACUUAGCCUGGCAGCGUCCGUCCUGCUACAUGGGCUCCUCUGCCACACAGUAGGCGGUUGGCUGGGGGGACGUGUGGUGACCAUUGCGCGCUGAGUUCGGGCUGGGAUUAUGGCUGAUUCGGAGAGCGGCGAGAGCGGUGGCAGUGAGCCGGGCAACCGGUUCGCUCGGCAGGGUGCCCUGCGCCAGAAGAACGUGUGCGAGGUUAAGGACCAUAAAUUCAUCGCUCGCUUCUUCAAGCAACCUACAUUCUGCAGCCACUGCACCGACUUCAUCUGGGGCUUUGGCAAACAAGGAUUCCAGUGUCAAGUUUGCUGCUUCGUGGUACACAAGAGGUGUCAUGAGUUUGUUACCUUCUCCUGCCCUGGAGCAGACAAAGGACCCGAUACUGAUGAUCCAAGGAGCAAACACAAAUUUAAAAUCCACACUUAUGGAAGUCCUACGUUCUGUGAUCACUGCGGCUCUCUGUUAUAUGGCCUCAUCCACCAAGGGAUGAAAUGUGACACCUGCGACUUGAACGUACACAAGAAGUGUGUCAUAAAUGUACCCAGCAUGUGUGGGACUGACCACACUGAGAGGAGGGGCAGGAUUUACCUGAAAGUGGAGGUUGCCGAUGACAGCGUGCUCCGUGUCACAGUGAGGGAUGCUAAAAAUCUAAUCCCCAUGGAUCCAAAUGGCCUUUCCGAUCCCUACGUUAAACUCAAACUCAUCCCUGAUCCCAAAAGUGAAAGCAAACAGAAGACAAAGACUAUCCGGUCAACCCUCAACCCCACCUGGAAUGAAUCGUUCUCUUUUAAACUGAAGAAUAGUGACAAAGAUCGACGACUCUCGGUAGAAAUCUGGGACUGGGAUCGCACCACCAGGAAUGACUUCAUGGGAGCCUUGUCCUUCGGUGUAUCUGAGCUGAUGAAGUCCGGAGCAUCUGGUUGGUUCAAGCUGCUAAGCCAAGAAGAAGGAGAGUACUACAAUGUUCCCAUCAUGGAGGAUAAUGGGGAUUCUGAGCUACAUCAGAAAUUUGAGAAAGCCAAACUUGGACCAGCUGGUAAAAAGGUGAUUGAAAAGAAAGCAAGUUCGCCAUCAAAUAAUUUGGACCAUGUGAAUAUAUCAGACUUCAACUUCUUAAUGGUGUUGGGCAAAGGAAGUUUUGGCAAGGUCAUGCUAUCGGAGAGGAAGGGAACAAAUGAGCUUUACGCCAUCAAGAUUUUAAAGAAAGAUGUGGUCAUUCAGGAUGAUGAUGUUGAAUGUACCAUGAUUGAAAAGAGAGUCCUUGCCCUGAUGGAGAAGCCCCAUUUCCUAACACAGCUCCACUCUUGUUUUCAAACUAUGGAUCGUCUUUAUUUUGUCAUGGAAUAUGUGAAUGGUGGUGAUCUCAUGUACCACAUUCAGCAAGUUGGCAAGUUUAAGGAACCCCAAGCAGUUUUUUAUGCAGCAGAGAUUGCAGUCGGACUGUUCUUCUUGCAUCAGAAAGGAAUAAUUUACAGGGACUUGAAACUGGAUAAUGUGAUGCUGGAUGCAGAGGGACACAUCAAAAUUGCUGAUUUUGGCAUGUGCAAAGAAAACAUAUUCGACAACGUAACAACUCGGACUUUCUGUGGGACCCCAGACUACAUAGCACCAGAGAUUAUUGCUUACCAGCCAUAUGGAAAAUCCGUGGACUGGUGGGCCUAUGGAGUAUUGCUUUAUGAAAUGCUGGCUGGUCAGCCUCCAUUUGAUGGGGAAGAUGAGGAUGAGCUCUUCCAAUCUAUCAUGGAACAUAAUGUAUCUUAUCCUAAAUCCCUGUCAAAGGAAGCCGUUUUGAUCUGCAAAGGGUUGAUGACAAAGCAUCCAGCAAAACGUCUUGGAUGUGGACCUGAGGGAGAAAGGGACAUUCGGGAUCAUGCUUUCUUCCGAAGAAUUGACUGGGAGAAACUGGAACAAAGGGAGAUACAGCCUCCAUUCAAACCAAAAGUGUGUGGCAGAAGUGCUGAAAACUUUGACAAGUUUUUCACAAGAGGCCAGCCAGUGUUGACACCACCUGACCAGUUGGUCAUUGCUAAUAUCGACCAGGCAGAGUUUGAAGGAUUCUCAUUUGUAAACCAAGAUUUCAUUCAUCCCAGUUUAACCAAUGUUAUAUGAAGAGGACGAGCAAAUGCAGCAAGAAACCCUUUGUUUAAAAUGACUAUAAUUAAUCGACCAUUAACUUUACAAGAUUAAUAAUGUUCAGAAAAGGUUAAGGAACAUGCACUUUUAACUUUUAGAGAAAACAUUAAUAUACUUUAUGAAGAUUUACUGACAAAAUUUUAAAGUCCAACUUUAAAUUGUCUAAUAUAAUUGUGAACUGAUUUUUAGUAAGUCAUUCUCCUCUGCUGAAUUUUAGCAUUUUUUUUAAAAAGAUGUUGAGGUACAAAUUGCAAUAUACAUUUGGCCCCCAAGGGACCAGUUCUUUUCCCUUUGUCUUCCCAAUUUUAGGUUGGUUCUAUAGCCUUUUCAUCAAUAAAACAAAUGGGAAACAAAUUCGUUUCUCCAAAAUAUAAUGGUUGAAAUAUGUUCAAGUAAAUCAAAAAUAUUAUGAAAUUCUCAUUCUACAACUUGCACUAAUAUGUACAACAUAUUUCCUUCUGGAUAAAUGAACAAUAAAGCUUUGUUGAGGACAGAAUUAAUUGAAGGGAAUAAAACAAAAUGAUCAAGUUAUUUUGGCAUUUCAACAAGUUCUCGAGAUCUUUCAUCCAAAGUAAGAAAGGAUGCUAAUAGAUUUUCUCAAGUGAAAUAUUCAGUUUAACAUAUUCCCUUUUUUAAGGUACAACUUAAUCUAGUGCACAAUUCAAAUAUUCAGAACAGGUGACCAUUCUGAUUGUAUAUGAAACUAUAAAAAUAAAAAAAAUCAGUUGUCUAGUUCAUAUUACAUUACAAUUUAUUAAAUGGAAUGACUAAUAGUUAUUUCCAAAAAACAAUCAAUGAUGUUUUGCUAUACCAUAAUUCAAUAUGUAAAGGGGGCACACCGUAUUACAGCACUUGUCAAGAUUUCAAUUUUUGUCAGAUAUGUUACAUAUAAUAAACUGAAUCACAGAAGUAACAGCCAGCCACUUGCACAUGCCAUUCAGGAAAAUGAUAUGACAUUUCUUGCUCAAGUCCCCCUUCAUGGCACUGAUUGCAGGGUUCUGAGCGUAUACCACACCAAGACACAAGGUCAUUUUCUUAAGUUGCUUCCUACUACUGAUGUAGAUCAACUUUUUAAAGCAAAUACAUCUAUUAAAAAAAGAAAGAUACAUUGUUUGGUUCACAUGCCUGGCUCAACUAAUUAUUUACAUCAAACUUGUCAUUUUCCUUAAGCUUAAAGAGUAAAUGCUAAUUCUUAAAGAGUGAUACUAAGUCCAUUUGGGCAUCUUAAUUAAUUUUUGAAAUAAGAGCCAGUUAUGAAUAUUUUUGCCUUGAUUUUGGAAAUCUUAAUUUAGUUUUCAAUAUUCUGCCUUUGCAAAUUGCACGUCAGAAUACAAUUAGCAUGCUGUCGAUAGGUGUUGCAUGUAACAAGGCCUAAAUUUUGAAAGCACGUAUGUUUGGUAAUUGGUCUAAGUAGUGUUUGUCAUUUCCAAGUUGAAAAAUUGCUCCUUUUAGAAAUAAAAUUUAAAUUGAAAAUGUCAAGUUUUUAAAAUCAUAUCCUUGUUACAUUUCUCUAUGUUAUUCUUCCCAUUUCACAAGUCAGUCACAUGGUUGACUCUUAAAUUAUCAUAGGUACAGUCAAUGUACAUAUGCAUUCAGCCCAUUGUUAGUCGAAACAUUAAUAUUGAAAACCAGCACUGAUUGAUGUUACAAACAAAUAUUUUAGAUGAAUGAUGCAAAUAGUUAAUUUAUAAUGCCUAAUAUAGUUAAGCACUAUCCUACUCAGUUUAAAGUAAUCUUGUGGACCAAAAUUUUUAUUAAGUGAGUUUGCUUAACCAGCUUGAAUACAAAUAUUUAAUUAAUCAGAGGUAGGAGGGAAGCAAACAACAUGCAUGUAAGUUAAAUGCUAAAAUAUGGACAUUUUUGUGAUGGUUUAAAAUUGGAAAUAAAGUUCAAGGUUGAUCAGGUGUGUGAAAUCUAUUGGUUAUUUAACAUCUCAAGAUUAUUUCAAAAGGCAGUCCCUGCAAAACAAUUGAUAUGGUUAUUGAUUGGAGACAGAAAAUGAGGCUGCUUCUUUAAAUAUCUCUUGGGGUUAGUCUGUAAGAAAGCCUUAUAUCACUGUAUAGACUUUCAAUCAGGCUACAUUGACUAUUAUGAUUUAUAGUAUUGUUAAACACUAUGUUGCUAGGAUUUGCCCAUCAGUUCAAAGCCACUCAAUUGCCAACUCACAGGUAUUUAUACAAUCAUCCCAAUCACCACAAAAUUGUUUUCUUUUGUAUUGAAUUAGGUUGUAUUUAAAGAAUGUCAAAUGAAUUUCAAGGUGAUAAUUCAGCCAAGUGGCUCCAGACAUUUUUAAUAAUAGCUGUCUUUUCAGUUUAAUUUCCCAAAGCCAUUUCUGUUCAACUUCUACCUUGUAAUUCUCCUUUCAGGGUAGCUGAGUCCUAUUUAAAGACGUGGAUGCAGAUUUUAUAUCAGAUCAGGAAGCUCCUAUGAUGAGAGAAACAGAGUUCAUGUUUCAAGUUUGGUAACCUGUCAUCAGAGUUGGGGAAAAGUCAGAAAACAAGUUACAAGUUGCUGCCAGAGGAGGUGAAGGGUAUUCUACUGAGUGGAAGGUGAUAAUCAGGAGAAAUUGGUGCAGGAAGUGCCAGCUGAAAGUGGGCACUCUUUCAAGAUGAACUAUUGAUUCAGUCCAUGAUGACCCCAAGCUUGCAGUUACCAUUACUGUUUAUUCCGACUCUGACCUCUGGCUUUGGCCUCUUACACUGUGGUUAAAAUAAAACCUCAAUGCCAGUUCAAGAAACAGACUAGAUAUACUAUGACCUCCAGUGAUGGCACUAUUUCAAAUAAUCAGCCAUUCCAGCCUUGCAACUCACAAUUUCCCAAUUUCCUCCUCUCGUAUUUUCAGAUUUAAAAUGUUCUUUGCUAUGUUUACUACUUUGAAAUACACAUUUUAUUAUUCACUAGCCAUUACCAAUCCUUUCAGACAGUGGCACCAACUCCACUGUAACAUAGUAUUAACGGUAAGACUCUUGGCACUGUGGAGGAUCAGAGGGAUCUUAGGGUCCAAGUCCAUAGGACACUCAAAGCUGCUGCGCAGGUUGACUGUGUGGUUAAGAAGGCAUACGGUGCAUUGGCCUUCUUCAACCGUGGGAUUGAGUUCAAGAGCCGAGAGCUAAUGUUGCAGCCAUAUAGGACCCUGGUCAGACCCCACUUGGAGUACUGUGCUCAGUUCUGGUCACCUCACGACAGGAAAGAUGUGGAAACCAUAGAAUGGGUGCAGAGGAGAUUUACAAGGAUGUUGCCUGGAUUGGGGAGCAUGCCUUAUGAGAAUAGGUUGAGUGAACUCAGCCUUUUCUCCUUGGAGCGACAGAGGAUGAGAGGUGACUUGAUAGAGGUGUACAGGAUAUUGAGAGGCAUUGAUUGUGUGGAUAGUCAGAGGCUUUUUCCCAGGGCUGAAAUGACUAGCAUGAGUUUUAAGGUGCUUGGAGGUAGGUACAGAGGAGUUGUCAGGGGUAAGUUGUUGUUGUUUUUUUUUGUUUUGUUUUUUUUCCCCCACACAGAGUGUAGUGAGAGUGUGGAAUGGGCUGCCGGCAACAGUGCUGGAGGCGAAAACGAUAGGGUCUUUAAAGAGACUCCUGGAUAAGUACAUGGAGCUUAGAAAAAUAGAGGGCUAUGGGUAAGCCUACAUAGUUCUAAGGUAGGUACAUGUUUGGCACAGCUUUGUGGGCCAAAGGGCCUGUAUUGUGCUGUAGGUUUUCUAUGUUACUAUUCAGUCUCACCUAGUUCUAAGAAUAUAAGAAAUAGGAGCAGAAAUUAUCCUGAUGUCCUUCAAGCCUACUCCUCCAUUCACCUAGAUCAUGGCUGAUCUUCUAUCUCAUUAUCCUUUUCUAGCACUACCACAACCGCAUCCCUUGGUUCCCUUAAUGUCCAAAAAUUACUUAAUGUUUUGAACAGUUCAGCCUCCAUAACUCUGUGGGUUAGAGAAUUCCAAACUUUACCACCCUUCCAGUGAAAAACAGUUCUCCUACUUUCAGUUCUAAAUGCUUUAUCACUUAUUCUGAAUUUGUGCUCCAAGUUGUAGACUCCUGAGCCAGGGCAAACAUUCUCCCUACACCCAGUCUGUCAAGUCUAAGGAUUUUGAAACUUCGUUCUCCUCUCAAACAGCAAAUCUGUCAUUUCCGUCAGAACCAGCCUGGUGAAUCUUCAUUGCACUCCAACCAUGAAAAAUAUAUUGCCUCUUUGGGAAGGAGACCAAAAUCGUGCAAAAUACUCCAGAAUUCAGAUGUCCCCAAUCUUUUUUUAUGCCGUAGACACAUACCAUUAACCGAGGGUUCAGUGAACCCCAGACUGGGAACCCCUCCCUGCUCUAAAUGCAGCUUCACAAAGGUGCUACUCAGUAUAAGACUUUCUUGUUCUUGUUUUCCAACAGUCUCAUUUGACUUCCUAAUUGCUCAUGCACCUGGCUGGGAGGGCCAUAUGUCACAUAUUCAAGUUUGCUGACAAUACUAAACUAGUGGAAUUGUCCCUUUGAACAUUCACACUAGACAAUCUUUAACCAGUUAGAAAAUACCCACAUUUUUGGCAUGAGGAUCAAGGUGGAUGACCACACAUUUUCCAUAUUCUAUCCUUCAGCCAUAUUCUCACCACUUCGUCACCCUUUUACAGACAGCAAAAUUGACUACAAGACAUUUGGUCCUCCCAGCCAAAUCACUCACUUGGACUGCAAAUAGUGAAGCCCAAACAAUGAUCCCAGCAAUACACUCAUCCUGCCAAGCUAUGAAUUUGUUUAUUGCCACUUUUUGCCUUCUGUCUAUGGAUGAAUUCUCAACCUACAUCAGUAUGUUUCCCCAGUUUGAUGCGCCCCAAAAUGUUGGCCAACCUUCCAAAUGGAAGACCUUAUCAAAACCUGGGAGUCCAUGCACUGGUUCUCUUUUGUCUCCUUGGCACAUCCUCAAAGAACUCCAGCAGAGAAGUAAAACAUGGUUUUGCCUUAAUAAAUGAAAGUUGACUCAGCUCGGUCCUAUUACACUCUUCAAAGUGUUCUGUUAUCAUAUGCUUCGUUAAGCAUUCUAGCCUUUUUCCCCGUAACUGGUAUUAGGCUGACAGAUUGGUAGCUCUCAAAGAGUAGGGCCACAAUUCAUAAAAAUGAGAUCUCUAUUCUGUCACAGACCUAUCCUCAUAUUCUUUCUAAUGUUCCCCUCUUCAUCUGCAUUAUUUCUAAUUUUACCCUGUUAUGAUUAAAUAUCAUGUUAACCCUGUCCGCCACCAUAGAGCAUUUCUAGCAUUUUCUUGGCAAUGCUUUUGUCAGCAGAUACAUUUAGCAUCUGCAGUAUUUUGUUUUUGCAAGCAAUGUAACCGUAGUUGUAUAUAUAGAAUGACAGAAUUACUGUAAUGGAGCCAGUAUAACCAGGUCAGUGAAAAGUGCUGUAUGUUUCAUACAAGUCCUCCAAACAGGAUGGUUCAAAUUACAGGCAGCAGUUCCUUUUAAAACAACAGGUGGGGGGUGUUUUUUGAAAAUCCAGAAAGAUCUGAAGUUUGUAUUUUGGUCUAGAUCUUCUUAAAGUGUAGAGAUUCUGCAUGUUGAAGUAUUUGAUUUUCUAUUCAAAAGAGGUUUUCUAAUGCAAGUUUCAUACAAUAUAUUGUAGACAUCUCUAUUCAGUAGCAAAAAUACUUGAUUUUUCCCUUUCACAGUACAAGCUGAAUAUCCAUCUAAUGUUUAGAACUCCAUCUAUUCUCUCUAAAGUCUGAAUAGUACGAAAAGCAUGCUAUUAAGAUAGUUAAACACUUACAUCUUCAGAACCAAGAAUAUUGCAGAAAUCUAUUAGGGAGAUAACACUUACAAGGAUGGACUUUAACGAAAAUUGAUACAUGCCUCUAGAGUUUUCUGGGUACAUCAGAAGACAUGAAUCCAGAAGCACAAUUCUAUAGUAACGUUUAAGCAGCUGUAAUCAUUCCGCCUGUAGAAAAUCUUGCAUAUUGUGUAGCGUAAGCUGUCACAGCGAGUUAUUGCAUCUCUUGAUUUAGGCAUUUUAAAAAUGCAAAGAUAGGGAGGCAAUUCCAUCUCAAAAUUUACAGAUGCAAGGUAUGAGGCAAAUAGUUUGGCAAGGAUAAAAAUGGCAUUUCAAACCUUUAAACUUGCAGCUGCAAAUUGAUGAUUUGAAAUGCCAGGUCAUUCUUGUUUCGCAUUUGGAGGCAAUGCCAUUUCCUUUACUGUUUUAAAAACUUUGCAACAACAGCAACUCCACAACAGGUGGAAAAGCCACAUUAAUUAUCUUCAAUCAACUUCUAAUUGAACAUAAAACUUCUUUUUUGUUAUAUGAGGAACUUCCCUCUGUAUGGUAUUGUUUGUCAUGUGUUAAUUCUGGUAUGACAAUAUCUAAAAAUAAAUAAAGAAAAACAUAU